CUUAUCGCUGGCUGUUUAUGGCCUGGGGUCCGGCUGCUGAUUAGGCGCUGGAUCGCUGGGAUUGCCUUUAGAACACCGCCAACACUCAGAGCAGACGGAUCGCAUUCACAGCCACACACGAAAGAAACUGAAGAACUUACUGAAUUCCGCAUUCAAGUGCUGCCUUAACAUGUGGCGAGUGAUUCAACAGCGCGCAACAAUCGCGCAUCCGCUGAUCAGGCAGCGUCAUAGUCGUGUAAUUGCCAUACGCCGCGAGGAUCAAUCCGUGUGGGAGCGACGCGCACCGUUUGGACCCACGCAUGUACAGAAAUUGGUCAAGCAGAAUGUUAAGGUCAUCGUACAGCCCUCCAAUCGACGCGCCUAUCCCAUGCAGGCCUAUAUGCAAGCUGGCGCACACAUACAGGAGGACAUCAGCGAGGCUUCGGUUAUAUUUGGGGUCAAACAAGUGCCCAUCGAUGCUUUGAUACCCGGCAAGACCUAUUGCUUCUUUUCGCACACAAUCAAAGCACAGGAAUCGAAUAUGCCACUGCUGGAUGCGAUCUUAGAGAAGAAAAUCCGUCUUAUAGAUUACGAGCGCAUCAUCGAUGAACGCGGCGCGCGUCAGGUGGCCUUUGGCAAAUACGCUGGCGUUGCUGGCAUGGUCAACAUUCUCCACGGCAUCGGUCUGCGUCUGUUAGCGCUGGGCCAUCACACGCCCUUCAUGCACAUUGGACCCGCUCACAAUUAUCGCAAUUCCUCGAUGGCUCGCCAGGCCAUACGCGACUGUGGCUAUGAGAUCUCGCUGGGCAUGAUGCCCAAAUCGAUUGGACCACUGACGUUUGUGUUUACCGGCUCUGGUAAUGUCUCGCAGGGCGCGCAGGAAGUGUUUUCGGAGCUGCCUAUAGAAUAUGUGCCGCCAGAGAUGCUGCGCAAAGUGGCAGAGCAUGGAAAUCAAAACAAGUUGUACGGCUGCGAGGUGAGCCGCUCCGAUCAUCUCGAGCGUCGCGAGGGCGGCGGCUUUGAUGCCAAGGAGUACGACGAGUAUCCCGAGCGUUAUAUCUCCACCUUGAGCACCAAGAUUGCGCCCUAUGCCUCUGUUAUAAUAAAUGGCAUCUACUGGGCAGUGGGCAGCCCCAAGCUGAUUAGCAUUCCGGAUGCCAAGAAUCUGCUGCGUCCCGCCAACACGCCCUGGUUGCCGGUGAGCAAAGGCAGUCCCGCGCUGCCCCACCGCAUGCUGGCCAUUUGUGACAUCUCCGCGGAUCCGGGCGGCUCCAUUGAGUUCAUGAACGAGUGCACCACCAUCGAUACGCCCUUCUGCCUGUACGAUGCGGACAGGAAUAAGGAUACGAAGAGCUUCAAGGGACCCGGCGUGCUGGUGUGUUCCAUUGACAAUAUGCCCACGCAGCUGCCGCGCGAGUCUACGGAUUUGUUUGGCGAGCUGCUGGCACCCCAUGUGCACGACAUCAUCAAGAGCGAUGCCAAGAAGCCGCUGUCCGAGGAGCAGUUCUCCUAUCCCAUACAAUCGGCGAUUAUCGCGAGCAAUGGCGAGCUGACCGAGGGCUUUCAGUACAUUCAGGAGCUGCGCGAGUCCCAGAGCAAUCGUUCGCGUCACAAAAUGGAAGGCAGCUCCGAGUCGCACAAGAAAGUAUUGGUGCUGGGCGCUGGCAUGGUCUCUGCUCCACUCGUGGAGUGGCUGCAUCGCGAGAAGGACGUGAACAUCACCGUCUGUUCGCAGGUCAAGGACGAGGCCGAUCGACUGGCCAAUCAGUAUGCGGGCGUGGACAGCGUCUACCUCGAUGUCAACGAGAGCACGGGCCAUCUGCAAGAGCUCUGCGGCAAGGCGGAUGUGGUCGUCUCGCUGCUCCCGUACAGCCUGCAUGGCAUGGUCGCUCGCUACUGCGUCGCCGAGGGCACACACUUGGUCACGGCCAGCUAUCUGAACGAUGAGAUCUCCGCGCUGCAUGACGAGGCCAAGGCCAAGGGUGUCACCAUCAUGAAUGAGGUGGGUCUGGACCCGGGCAUUGAUCAUUUGCUGGCACUCGAGUGCAUUCACGAAGUGCAGGACAAGGGCGCCGUCGUUGAGUCCUUUGUCAGCUACUGUGGCGGUCUGCCUGCGCCCGAACACUCCAACAAUGCGUUGCGCUACAAGUUCUCCUGGUCGCCGCGCGGUGUGCUGCUCAACACGCUCUCUGCGGCCAAGUAUUUGAGUCGCGGUCAGAUCGUGGAGAUCUCGGGCGGCGGUGAGCUCAUGUCCACGCCACGCAGUCUUGACUUUUUGCCGGGAUUCGCCCUCGAGGGCUUUCCCAAUCGGGACUCGACCAAGUACGGCUCGCUGUAUGGCCUGGGCAGGGAUGUGCACACCCUGCUGCGUGGCACCAUACGCUACAAGGGCUUCUCCGAGUCCAUAAAGCCCAUGCAGCUGUUGGGCUUGAUCGAUCCGGAGCCACAUUCCAUGCUGCAUCCGAGCGGACCGGAUGUCACCUGGCGCCAGCUUGUCAUCCAUCUGCUGGGCAUGUCCGACUCCAGCAUAUUCUACGAGAACCUCAAGCAGAAGCUGCACGAACGCAUCGGCGAUGUGGAUUGCAUUGAGAGCUUGGGUCUGCUGGAGGAGACGCCCGUUGUGAAGCUCAACACACCGCUGGAUACGCUUAGUCACUAUCUGUCGAAGCGGUUGGCUUUCGAAAGGGAGGAGCGCGAUUUGGUUGUGUUGCGCCAUGAGGUGGGCAUUCGCUGGCCCGAUGGUCGUCGCGAGGAGCGUGGCAUUAACUUUGUCGUCUACGGACAGCCGCAGGGACACUCAGCCAUGGCCAUGACUGUGGGCAAACCUGCCGCAAUCGCAGCCAAAAUGAUACUAGAUGGUGAAAUCCAAGAACGCGGCGUCCUGCUGCCUUUUACGCCCGACAUCUAUCGCCCCAUGUUGCAGCGUCUGCGCUCCGAGGGUCUGACUGCCACGGAGACCUCCAGAUGGUUGAAUUAGUCUGA